AGACCGGAGAGAGAGAUGGAAGAGAUACGCGAGGUUGCGUUAUCCUAUUAUCACGCUUGUUCAGCUGAGACCAAGCAGAUGAUUCUGAAUUUCUUCCGAGAGUUGGACUCCGACCAGAAUGGGUACAUAACCAUUAAUGAAUUCACCGAUUACUUGAUGAGAAAGGGUUGCAGUUGUCUUAACCCUAACUUCUUCUUGGAGCUGGACAAGGAUCGUAACGGCUUGCUGGAUUUCGAGGAAGUCAUCACUUUCUACUACAUCGUUGAAUUCAUGAGGCUUGUUUUCUGCGAUGGAUGCGGAUGUUUUCUGAAGAGCUCCUACUUCACCUGCGUCGACUGCUAUUACAGCAAUGAAGAUAAUAACACCUACGAUCUCUGUCCAAGAUGUUACCGCACUGGUAACUAUGCUAGGGGCCAUGAACUCUUCCUGGACAACCAUGCGUUGCUCCAGUUAACAGGAAAGUUGAUACAUGAAACCAACCAGAAUCAGCAAUCUGCGUCUGUGUAUCGGACCCAGAAAAUUGAACAAAGGCAGCUAAAGAAUCCCAGGAUCAAGGAUGCACGGACUGAAUCAAUAAAAGAAGGUGUCAAGGCGUUUGCACACGGAGUGACUAUUGGGAAUGUCGUUGGAACUGCUGUGGUGGCUGGUUGCAGCAUAAUGUGAUAAUUGUUUGAUAAGCAUCCAUCCAUGUUAAUUUUUUAGCUUUUUUAGUCAAUGA